CAGUGUCUUUGAGCAGCAGCUGAACUUCAGCAUAGCGCGCUACGCGCCCGGUGUUAAACAGUAGCAGCGUCUUUUGUGUUAAAAUUGCUAGUAACCCAAAUCAGAGUCAUGGCUCCACCUAGCUACUCGGAUUUGGGCAAAGAAGCUCGCGAUGUCUUCUCAAAGAACUAUCAUUUUGGGUUAGUCAAGUUAGACUGUAAGACCAAGUCGCCGACGGGUGUCGAGUUCACCGCAUCUGGUACCUCUCUGAAUGACACGGGCAAGGUGAAUGGGUUCCUCGAUGUGAAGUACAAGCUUAGCGAGCAUGGCGUUACUCUGAAAGAGAAAUGGACGACCGAUAACAGUCUCAACACUGAAAUUACCGCUGAGGAUUGUCUUUCGAAAGGACUGAAGCUUUCUACUAACCUGCACUUUGCCCCACAAACCGGCAAGCGGAAUGCGGUUGUCGCGGCUGCGUUUAAAGGCGACAGCUUCAAUGCGACAACGGAUCUGGACUACAACGCAGGCUCUCCGCUUGUUAACGCGUCUCUGGUCCUAUCGCAUCAAGGGUGGCUCGCCGGUUCACAGGUGGCGUUCGACACAUCGAAGAACAAGCUAACCAAGACCAACUUCGCGAUUGGAUAUGCCAACAAGGACAUCGUGCUACAUUCGAAUGUAAAUGACGGCCAGGUGUUUGGUGCCUCAGUGUACCAUGAAGUUCGACCUGACGUUAAGCUCGGUGUAUCCAUCAACUGGAAUUCAACAAAUAACAAUGCCCAGUUCGGCAUCGGUGGCGUGUUCAUUGUUGACAAAGACACGUCUUUGCGAGCAAAGGUGAACAAUCAGGGAUUGCUCGGUCUGGGCUUGACACACCGCUUGCGUGAUGGUAUCGAAACAACCAUGUGUGCCAACAUUGAUACCAAAAAUUUCAACCAGGGCGGACAUAAGAUUGGCUUCGGCCUCAGUCUUGAGGCCUAGAAAAGACCUAUAUAUAGAGAUAUAUAUAGGAUGAGAACGAAGACAAAGAACAGAAGAAAAGAAGACAAAAAAGAAAUAAUAAAGUGGGUUAAUCUAGAUGACUGCUUAACUCAAGCCCAAACAACUGGCUACUAUCAGCUUGUUAUUGGAACUGCUGCUUUUCUCGUGGUGCAAUUACAGCUACUUUUCGUCGUAUGAACGAGAUCCGGAAAUGUUCUGCUGGCGAAGUGCUCAUUCUCCGAAUGGCGGCGUUGCUCUCGCAAGUGUGCCGCACUAUUGCUGAUUGAGCAUUUGGGUGUAGCCCUGCGAAAAUCCACUAGGGAAAGAAUUAUUGGAAGCUACGCGGUCCGUUUUCCGGAAUGAACAGCACCGCUAUCCUCUUAGAAACGAAACGAAAUUUUCAUAAUAGUUACCAUAAUUGAAGUAUGAAGGCUCGUUGUAUUUUAAGCUGAUUAAAGUUGAUGGUGUGUUAUUAAUUACUAUUAUGCAUGAAAUGUCUUAGAAAGUGUAAUUUCAAGAGGUCAAACAAAUAGAUAAUAUUAAUUUAUAUAGAAGUAGCACCGGAUAAAAUGACACUCUAGAAGUAGCACAGGAAAAAAUGACAACAUAAACAUCCAAUAAAAUAAAUUAAACCAAAUAUUAUCAAGGUCUCAGGAACAGACGUGAAUACUAAAAAAAAAAAAGAAAAACGAGUGAAUGACAACGUUGUCCACGGAGGAUAGUUAAGAAAAGAGAGCGUGACAAAUUAAGCGCAACGUUGUUUUUAUCAAUGAAAAGUAUACAACUACGAAUAAUAAUAAUAAACUCCCCCUAUAUAUAUUCACCGCGGU